CGCUGUUGUUGAGGUUAACGUCACCGUAUUAAACAAUCACAGCGUUAACGUUAGCGUAACGUGGCCACGUCAGCUGCCUAUUCCUAGAGCGACGGAGGCAAAAUAUUACUUCAUGUACAGAAAGAAUGGGUUAAAAGACUGGAAAGAAGUUCAAAACAACGUAUCAAGGUCGACAACCGGUAUAAGCACCGUUGUUGAAGGAUUGUCUCCCUUCACAAAAUACGAAUUCACGGUGACAUGUCGCAAACUAGACCCUACCGGAAGUCCCUACGGUCACCCAAGUGACAUCAUCAGCGUGAAUGAAGCGAGGACGGACGAAGCACCUCCGGCAAUGGCGCCAGAGUUAUGUCCCGAUUGUUUUUUCCAUUGUACACAGCGACAGAGGCCUAUGCAACGUGAUACUUUAUUGGAAGGCAGCGGUAUACGGUUAACUUACAAGCAUGGAACUCCGCGGGUUGGUCGGAUGAAUCUUUAAUUGACAUCAACAUUUCAGAUUCUCCUAUCAGCGAGGUUAUCCCGGAAGUGAACCGUGACGUAAACUCUAGUCUCAGCAUGUCAUGGACAGGACCACACUCAGUGACAGACACGCGCAAUACAGCUGACUCUCGUGCAAGUGUUUAUUGGUGCUUAAAGGAUACUUCUGGCGAGUGUGAUCAAUCUUCGCCUAUUGUGACUGUACCAAGCAGCCAUUUAAGUAUGCGUCUCUCCUCGGACUACCAAAUAGGCCGCUACCGGGUCGGCAUGGCGUAUGACACAGGCGGCAUAGUGUGGAGAAAGUGCAUUUAUUAUAAACCAGAGGCGGUUACAAAACUGUCAAUGGCGCUGACCGUGACGUCAGAUGGAAUGCCUUCACGAACGCUUCUCGUGCAAUGGACCACGCCAUCUUGCGGCCAGGUGGAACCAGUAUUCUUCAUAUCCAAGUUCGUGCUUACGUACUGCCAACGUUCGGACCAGGGUGCUAAUUGCACAGGUCUCGGGACGUACGUCAACCUCAGCAACACGCUGAACUCCUAUGUGUUAGAAGCACUCAACCCACAUAAUAUAUAUUUGAUUAAGCUGCAGUCACGUGACCGGAACGGUGUUUUGCGCAUGCUUGCGUCUGCUAACGGCUCUUGUGCCCCAGACACUCCAGAUGUUUGUGUCGCGAUGUGGAUAGGAGUUGCAGCAAGUGUCCUUUUAACGCUGGGCGGUGGACUGAUCGUGGUUAAACGUGUUCGAAGAAUAAUAAAACGGCGAUUGUCUUACGUUAUUACGCUGCCGGUGCAUUGGAGUGAGCAGCAAUCUCUGAUAACGGUACUCUGAAACGCAUGGAUUAUCAUGGGCAGCAAUCACUGAUAACGGAACUCUGAAACGCCUGGAUUAUCAUGGACAGCAAUCUUUGAUAACGGAACUCUGAAACGCCUGGAUUAUCAUGGGCAGCAAUCACUGAUAACGGAACUCUGAAACGCAUGGAUUAUUAUGGGCAGCAAUCACUGAUAACGGAACUCUGAAACGCCUGGAUUAUCAUGGGCAGCAAUCACUGAUAACGGAACUCUGAAACGCAUGGAUUAUUAUGGGCAGCAAUCACUGAUAACGGAACUCUGAAACGCCUAGAUUAUCAUGGGCAGCAAUCACUGAUAACGGAACUCUGAAACGCCUAGAUUAUCAUGGGCAGCAAUCACUGAUAACAGAACUCUGAAACGCCUAGAUUAUCAUGGGCAGCAAUCACUGAUAACGGAACUCUGAAACGCCUAGAUUAUCAUGGGCAGCAAUCACUGAUAACGGAACUCUGGAACGCCUAGAUUAUCAUGGGCAGCAAUCACUGAUAACGGAACUCUGAAACGCCUGGAUUAUCAUGGGCAGCAAUCACUGAUAACGGAACUCUGAAACUCAUGGAUUAUUAUGGGCAGCAAUCACUGAUAACGGAACUCUGAAACGCCUAGAUUAUCAUGGGCAGCAAUCACUGAUCACGGAACUCUGAAACGCCUGGAUCAUCAUGGGCAGCAAUCACUGAUAACGGAACUCUGAAACGCCUGGAUUAUCAUGAGCAGCCAUCACUGAUAACGGAACUCUGAAACUCCUGGAUUAUCAUGGGAAGCAAUCUCUGAUAAAUGAACUCUGAAACGCCUGGAUGAUCAUGGUGUUACCGUUUCAAGCAUCAUCAUCAUCAUCAUUCCCUUGACCGGGCAGGCAGUUGGGGAAAACAGAAACGACGACAUCGAGAUCCUCCGCCAAUCAGGUUUGUUGUUGGCUGCUGAGAGUAUCUCAUCCAUGGGGAGAGACGCCCAUCAAGCUUUCUUUCUGGCGGCCUCGACGGCGAUCUCUCUUCAGCAUGCCCUUGAACACGGUCUUGCACAGUGAGAUGUGCCUGGUGAUGUGUCCGAACCAAACCAAACCAGCUUUCGUCGUAUAACGGUCGCCAGGAGGGGUGCUUGUUGACCAACAAGUGCUGCUGUAAUGUUCCAGAUGUACUCGUUGGUGUUUUGAUCAAUUUAGCAAAUGCUGGCAGUCAUCGAAGACACUUGUGUUCAAAAGCCUAUAUCCUGCCUUCUGCGUCCGUGUCAAGCGUCGAGGUCAGCAGCUUGGGUUUUCCGGGUUCUUCCGCGUCUAGGACUUUAUUAGUAAAAACUUCUUUUUUAAAUCAGGUACGAGGAGUUUGUGCUAAUAAAAGUUGCAGAUGACCACAAAACAAUACAUGCUUACCCAUCGUUUGUUAUUGAACAUAGAUUCAUGCGUGAUAAAAUCGUUGUGUGGUUUUAUUUUAAGGAGGUUGAAACUUGAACAUGUUUUACAUAGAUUGUGGGAAAUUUAAAUCACAUGAUUGCGAAAUGAAAUUUGUAAACGCUUAAUUCAGGUGGUGGUGAAAUGGUCAUUGUGCAUGUAAUAUUCAAUAGACUGUGAAAUGAACUUUGUACAUGUAUAUGUAUUAUUCCAGUGUUCGUAACAUAAGAAAAGUAUAUGUAAUAUUCAAGUGACUAAAAUGAGCAGUGUGUAUGUAUUAUUAAAGUGACCUUUAAAAUGAGAAUUCUAUAUGUAAUAUUCAAGUGACUAAAACAAUACGCAGUGUGUAUGUAAUAUUCACGAGACUAUAAGUUGAAUAUUGUGUACGUAAUAUUUAUGUGGCUAUCAAAUGAGAAAAAAAGAAGAAAAUUGUGUAUAUGACAUUAAAGUGACUGUUAAAUGAAAAAGUAUAUGCAACAAGUCUAAAUCUUCUGAUACAAAAGUUAUCCUUCAUGUUAAGCUGAAUUGUCUGUUUAUGAGAGACAGUC